AUGCAAAGAUCAUAUAGGUGCCCCUGCUCUGUGCGAGCUCUAGAAGCAUUUGUCAGAGAUGUCGCUGGUCUUGACAUCCGCCAGAGACGAAACAACAUCAGCUUUCGGAACCUGAGCACACGAUCAAGCCUCCAGAUACGCCAUUCGUCGCCUUCUUCUCAAGGACGUGCUGUUGCCAGCUCCCUCGAUGACGCCUUCGUACCUUUUGAGACCACUGUACCACCCAAGCAAUUCGCUACGACCACAAAUGUUUCGUCCGAACCGGCGCAAUCGAAUCAAGAUCGACGAACGUCCGAACCUUUUGAUCCGGAUGAAGAGCUCGGAAGCAUAGAAGAUUUUGAGCCGGAAGUAGUCAUACAUGAGGAGCAAGCGAAGACCACAGCCGAUCCAAUCGUCAGGGACGCCCGCAUUCAGCAACUGGAUCUAAAAGAUCGAGACCAGGCGAUCGAUGCCAUAUUUUUCCCAGACUUGUUAGCACAACCAAAGCUCAAGUCUAGUGAGCUGGGUUCACUCAGUCAAAGGCUUAACAUAUUCUUCGUCCCAGCAGUACAUCAAUAUCCUGGCAAGAAUGCACGCAAGAGGGCAAGAAAAGCAGCGCAAGCUGCAGGGACACAAGCGACCCAGCCGGAACAGACGACUCGGAACUUGGAGACCACAACAGGACCAGUAGUAUCGUCCAAGGCUGCCUCCAAAGCGAAGGCAAAAGCAGACAGAAAGGCAAAGAGAGCAGCUUUGGCUUUAGAAGUCCAAACGGCCGUCCUGGAACAAGCGGCCCAAGACCAAGAAACUGCCGACGUCGCCUUCUUGAUUGCGUCAGCAACAGGUCCCAAGCCUAUUUCUCAAGCAAAAGCCGACAAAAUAGCCCUAGCAAUAAAGGCCAGAAAGGCAGAAGAAAAGGCUGCAAAGAAGGCGGCAGUAGAAAAGCUUGUUCAAGAGCAAGCGGCAGCCAAACAGGCUCAGAAAGAGCGCAACCGCAAUGCAGACCGCUGGAAGGUUCAAAAAGCAGCUCUGGAAGAGAAAUUCGGAGAGCAGAAUUGGAACCCUAGGAAACGGAUUUCUCCAGAUGCGUUGGCUGGUAUCAGAGCUUUGCACGCCAAAUCGCCAGAGACCUUCAGCACAGCUGUUCUGGCUGAGCACUUUAAAGUCACUCCAGAGGCCAUUCGACGGAUUCUGAAGAGCAGAUGGCAGCCCAGCGAAGAGGAAGCCGAGGAAAGAAGAGAGAGAUGGGAGAAGAGGGGUGAGAAGAAGUGGACCGAGAUGGCCGAGCAAGGUCUCAAGCCUCCGAAGAAGUGGAGGGAAAGAGGCGUAGGAAAGGUCGGACCGGGAGAGGUGCCAACGUGGAAACAGCCUGGCAAAGUCGGUGAACGAUGGAUUGAGAGCACAGAUGCGGACAGAUUCGUCAUGGCUGGUGAGCAGUUGGCCGAAGAGGGAUACGACGAGUACCCAGAGGAAGAGAGUAUUGCAUCCAGGAUUCUCUAG